GUUAGUGCCUCUGUUUUGCCAUUACUACUUCAUAGGUGCUUGGAGACACAUUAAGGAGCUCAUUUUCCUACUAUCUGACAGGAGGUGGUAAAGAGUGCCAAAAUGGACUUCAGGGUGAGCUUGCUGCUUCUGCUUCUGACUGUGGUCAUCGUGUCCAGCCAGAAGAAACGCCCUGCUAAAGAGGAAUGGAAUUACCGAGAUGGUUCUGAGAAAGUGAGCAUGCGAGGUGUGGCCAACUUGACUCAGGUUCUGGAUGACUGGAGGUUUGAUAUCCUGAACCAGAUGAGGAGCCUCUUGCAGAAGGACCACCAGUCGUUGCUGCCUGACUACUCCAGGAUUCAGCCUCUUUCAGAAGCUUUGGACGAUUUGUACAAAGAGUUCAAUGCUCUGAAGUCUCACCUUGGCGAGCUCACAGAGAAGUUUGGGCCAAUCGAGACCUUCAUUGAUGAACUGAAGAAAGAGAAAACCACAGGUGCUAUGUCCACCACCCCGGUGCGCAGGAGAAUCAUCAAGAAGAAAGACCCUAGCUCAUGAAAGCUUUGCACUUUCCAACCUUCCCCAACAGAGCUAGUAAUCUCCCCAAAGCCAGAGACAACAACCCUCCACCCCCCAAUAUACCAUGAUAUAUAUGUUUUCUUUUCUUCCUGUAGAGCCUAUUACUCUUUUUAGCAUCUUGUUUCUGCAUGUUGCUGGGAAACAAGUAAUAAACAAUUUGCUGACUAAGGUACCCCUUCUGUGGUUCGGGUAGCAUGCGAAAACAGCAAUUAGGGAAUGUGGGAGUCUGCGCUAAAAGCUAUUAUGAAGUCAUUUACCUAAUAGCUGUAGGUAGGUUAUAUUUCAAUUGGCACACUUGUACUACAUCAGCUCAUCUGAUUAUAGCUGACAGCAAUUAUAGAAGUUAAGAAUUAUAUAUUUCUUGGAUAUACUUUUGGUUACAUACAAAAGCAUUGCAAUCUAAGAAUAUUAUAUGCCCAAAUUAACCUAGCAUAUUUCUAAUGUGAGCAAAUGUAUUUGGAACCUUAUUGUACAUUUAUAUCUGUUUAGUAAGCAUGAUAUUGUGAUUCUUUCCUUUGGCUCAUAACUGCAGUCUUGUAUAAGCUAAAAAUAAAUUCUGUCAUUUUAAUGCCUUA